AUGGAGGCUCUUGCGCGACUGACGCUGCUGAUGUUGCUGAGGCUGCCGAACACCGUGGCACAGUCCAUGGGAUGCUUUCACUACGGCUACGCCUGGACGAACGCCAUGACAAACGUGACUGGCAACCCCUUCACCAAGAUAUCUGCUCCGGAAUGCCAGCUCCAGUGCCGAAAUACCAUUGGGUGCACAGGUUUCGGCUACUACCCCAUCACUGGCUCCUGUUAUCUCGGGGGGUCCGGCGGCGCUCUCUACGAGGCGAAGGGCGCCAUUGCUGGACCACGCGAGUGCGUCUCGCCAGAUCCGGCUUGCGUGUCGCUGCCGGACGCUAGCUUUCCAGGUUCCACCCCUGAGAAGAGCAUGAAAGCGUGGCCUGGGGGAGUCCAGCCGACUUCCUUGCAGUGCUGGCCACGAAGAUCAGAUGGUCAGGUGACCCGGUGCCGAAACCAAACUGCCAUCGUCCUCGAAGACACCCAGGACGGGUGGCCUGGACGAUGUGAAGGCAUGGUGAAAGUCACAGACUUGAAGGGAGAGGAGACGUGCCAGCUCCGCUGCAUGAUGUCACCUCUUUGCUCGGUGUGGUCCAUUGAGACUACUUCAGAUGCGAGUGGCUCGCCAAUGUGCUGGAAUGGCAUGCUGGGGACGAAUUGCUACAACGGAAACGGCCCGACGCCAGUGCGAGCGCAACGGCUCCAGCACGGCACGUAUCGAGUGCUGAUGCAGACAACUGGAGUGCAGGUGCUAGGGCUACACAACAGCUUUGGUGGCACGGUCUACAAGACCUGGGAAGAGGGUGCGCAACAUUGCAAGUUCGAGUGCAGAUCGUUUCUUUUGUGCCAGUUCUGGCAAUACUCAAAGACUUAUGGGUGCUACCUCGAGAUUCCCUCUGAAGGUGUGGUGGGUUACCCGUUGACAACAUCGGGCCCUUUUCAGUCAGUGCGACUGGAUAGUGAAGCAGCGGCCGAUGUGGUAGCCGGUGAGAUGCUCCAGCACAACUGCGUGGGGGACAUGUCGCCACUGCCAACCGCCAUGCCGACAGGGAAUGAAGUCCAUCUCGUGGUUCCGGGCAUGGAGUCCCCAUCCACCGAGACCUCCACGCAAGGAGGGUGGCCAUGGUGGGUCAGUUACUUGAUUUUCAUUUUUGUGGUGCUCUUACUGUGUGUUGUGAUAACAGCUGUUUGGAUGGGACUGGAAGACCGCAAGAAACGGCGUGCAAGGGAAAAGAACGUCAGGGGCGCAUGGGAUCCGGCCGGCGGCCAUGCCCGAGGCCAUUCUGCAGAACAGGCUGGCUUCCUGCAGAACAUCCACAUGCCGCAGUUGCCGCAAACCUGGCACAUGCCCAACAUGCACCUUCCCUUCCAGGUGGCUGCAGGUGACCGGAUCGGUCUAACCGUUGCUGGCGAGAGCCCUCCCAAUCAAAUAGGCACCGGACUUGCCCGGACUGGCGCCUCAUACUUGCCGCGGAGGGUCCGCUGGAAAUCGUGCCCCAAGAUCAUGCGGGCCUCCUCUAGCGAGUCUCUAGGACCAGCUGGGCUGGUGACAGACAAUUCUUCACCGAAGCUGGUGACAGACAUCUCUUCACCGAAGCUUUCUCCAGGUGUGGACCUGCGAAAGUCUACCAACCCCGCCAACACUGGCGACAAAGCCGAGAACGCGCGGAAGGUCCUCGAGGCGAGACGACAGAAGCAGCGGAAUGAAGAAACGAAGGUCACACCUUCAGCACCUGUGCCACCGGCCCCUACCAGUGCAGCAGAAGAGACAUCGCAAGGCUUUUCCCAGAUGCUUGGGAACAGAAUCUUGCAGGGAGUGCACGACAUCCUGAGCAUCAUGGAUGACAAGGUCGAGAACCUUGUCGCGGAAGUUGCUGCCAUGCGUAAGGACAUGCGGGGCAGCUCGUUGGCACCGGGAGUUCCAGGAGCUUCGCAACUCUUUUUUCCUUGA